GACGAGAAGCCAGCGGAGAAGGUAGUUAACAAGGAGGUUGUAGAGAAACCACGCUUGGAAACCAGACCAGUGAAAAGAGAGCCUGGCUUACCACCUCGGACAUACUGGAAAGAGGCUAGGGAUAGAGACUGGUUCCCAGACCAGGGAUACAGAGGCAGAGGGCGUGGGGAGUAUUACUCGCGAGGCCGCAGCUACAGGGGGUCUUACGGAGGACGUGGUCGGGGCAGUCGAGGCCAUAAUAGAGAGUACCCACACUACAGAGAUCCUAAGCCUAGAACAGACCAUGUGCCUUCAGGGCCUGUGAGGCAGAGAGAAGAGAGUGAAACUCGUAGUGAGAGUUCUGACUUUGAAGUGAUCCCAAAACGACGGCGGCAGCAUGGCUCAGAGACAGAUUCUGACAGCGAAGUGCAUGAAAGCGCGAGUGACACGCUGCUCUCAGACAAAGACAGUGUCAUCAAGGGCAAGCACCCAAAAAGAGAAGAAAGAGCUGAUGGCAAGAAGCCUCCGAAGCCCCUGUCAUUCAAACCUGAGAACAGUAUCAGAGUAGACAACAGAUCCUUAGAAAAAACAUACAUAAGAGAUGAUGAGAACAAACCCAAACCAGGAUUUCUUCCUAAAGGAGAACCUUCUAGACGAGGCAGAGGGGGAAUGUACAGACGUGGUGGCAGGGACCCUGGUGGGCGUCCUCCACGUCCAUCCACAAUAAGGAGACCACCCUACAGAGAGAAUCAGUGGAACCCUAGGCAAACAGAGAUCAUUAAACCAGAAGAUGGAGAGCCUCCAAGAAGAAAUGAGCAUUAUGGUCCUAUACCAGUUGAUAAAAGACCUCCAAAAUUUGAGAGAAAGUUUGAUCCAAAUAGAGAGAGGCCACGAAGACAAAGACCUGCUCGGCCUCCGAGGCAGGAUAAGCCACCGCGCUUCAGGCGCCUAAAGGAAAGAGAGGCUGCAUCCAAGAUCAAUGAGGUGGUAACCAGCUCAUCAACAAGUGCCACAGUUAGCAAUGCCAUUAAUGAGCCCUCCAACCCUGCUCUGGAUGUGUCAGGAAGUAAGACACCAGACUUGUCCAACCAGAAUUCGUCAGACCAGGCAAAUGAAGAGUGGGAAACUGCCUCAGAAAGCAGUGACUUCAACGAGAGGCGGGAGAGGGACGAGAAGAAAACAGCAGAUGCAGCAGCACAGGUGGCUGCAAAAGCAGGAGAAAAUGCUGGAGCUCCAAAAAGGGAAAUAGCCAAGAGAAGCUUUUCUAGCCAGCGGCCUGGAAUAGACCGUCAAAACCGACGUGGCAACAACGGGCCAGCGAAACCAGGGAGGAACUUCUCAGGACCCAGGAGUGAACGGCGGAGUGGCCCUCCUCCCCGAAGUGGAAAAAGAGGGCCAUUUGAAGAACCAGCCACAGCUGUGCCUGGUGCUGAUCCUCCCAAUGGCAACUCCUUACAUCAGGAGGAGGGAGGUGUUACUGCUGCAGGACAAAAGAGCACCAAGGAUGCAAGUGGCAAAAAGAGAGAAGAACCCAAGGCUGGUCCGAAGAAGCCUAAGGAAAAAGUGGAUGCCUUGUCUCAGUUCGAUCUUAAUAAUUACGCAAGUGUUGUGAUCAUUGAUGAUCACCCUGAAGUGACAGUAGUUGAAGACUCCCAAUCUAACUUGAAUGAUGAUGGUUUCACAGAAGUGGUGUCUAAGAAGCAGCAAAAACGCUUGCAAGAUGAAGAGCGCAGAAAGAAGGAAGAACAGACAGUGCAGGUCUGGACCAAAAAAGGAUCGAGCGAAAAAGGCCGCGGUCAGAAUUCCAAGCUCCCACCCAGAUUUGCCAAAAAGCAGCAGCAGGCAGCAGCUGCAGCUGCACAGCAGGCACAAGCUCAGGCACAAGCUCAGGCACAGCCUCCGUGUCCAGCACAGUCUCCAGCUCAGCCACAGGCCCCAGUUCCUACCCAAACCCAGGCUGCAGCAGGGACAGCCAGCACAGAGUACACAGUGUCAGGCAAAGUCCUGCAGAACACCCAGGCUCACAACGGGCUGGGAACUGAGUUAUGGGACAACAAAGUGCCUCCUACAGCAGUUCUGAAUGAUAUCUCCAAAAAAUUGGGACCCAUUAGCCCACCUCAGCCACCUUCAGUCAGUGCUUGGAACAAGCCUUUGACAUCCUUUGGUUCAGCUACAUCUCCAGAGGGCACAAAGCCUGGACAAGAAGGUGGAGUCGAUCUUGGUAUAGAAACAAUUCAGUUUGGAGCCCCAGCUUCCAGUGGCAGUGACAAUGAAGUUGGCCCUGUACUUUCUGAGAAGUCCACUGACAAGUUACCGGAACCGAAAGAGCAAAGGCAGAAACAGCCUCGGGCAGGACCCAUCAAAGCACAAAAGCUUCCAGACUUGAGUCCGGUAGAAAACAAAGAGUAUAAACCUGGUCCUAUUGGGAAGGAGCGUUCUUUAAAGAACAGAAAGGUGAAGGAUGCCCAGCAGGGAGAGCCUGAGGGACAGGAGAAGCCAUCUCCCACCUCUGUCAGAAGCCCAGAGCCUGUCACUACAAAGGAAACCAAAGCAGCAACUGAACUGAGCACGGAAAUAGGAACGAUGAUAUCUGUAUCUGCUCCAGAGUUUGGGACGAACACAAAGGAGUCUGUAACAGACUACACUACACCUUCUUCUCAUCCUAACACAGUGGCUACUAGCAGUACAAAAAUGGAGGAGACUUUGGUGACGAACGUGCCCCUGCCCCACACCCUUCCCCUCCCUAGGAGGGAGACUUUACAGCAGAGCUCCAGCCUAACUCCAGUUUCUCCCGCUACCGUCGACCUCACCCUCAAGAUGGAGUCUGCACGCAAAGCAUGGGAGAAUUCCCCAAACAUGGGGGAGAAGAGUUCACCAGUGACCUCAGCAGCAUCUCCCAUCGCUGGUGGCAGUGGCAGCAGCAGCAGUAGCAGCAACACUGGGCCAAGCAGUGGCACUUACAGCUCCUUCUCUAGUGCAUCAAUGCCUCCUAUUCCUGUGGCCUCAGUGACACCAACAACUUCGCUCUCAGGAGCCGGAACAUACACAACCUCUUCACUGAGUACGAAGACUGCAAGCACCUCAGACCCUCCUAAUAUCUGUAAAGUGAAGCCCCAGCAGUUGCAGACAAGCAGCCUGGCUUCUGCCAGUCACUUUUCCCAGCUGAGCUGCAUGCCAUCCCUCAUUGCCCAGCAGCAGCAGAGUCCCCAGGUCUAUGUGUCUCAGUCUGCAGCAGCUCAAAUCCCAGCAUUCUACAUGGAUACAAGUCAUCUGUUCAAUACCCAGCAUGCACGUUUGGCACCACCUUCUCUGGCCCAACAGCAAGGCUUUCAACCAGGACUUUCUCAGCCUGCUUCAGUUCAGCAGAUCCCCAUCCCCAUCUAUGCACCUCUGCAAGGUCAGCAUCAAGCUCAGCUGAGUUUAGGAGCAGCACCAGCUGUUUCACAAGCCCAAGAGCUGUUCAAUUCCUCCUUACAACCUUAUAGAUCCCAGCAAGCUUUUAUGCAAAGUGGUUUGUCUCAGCCAUCACCAGUGGUUCUGUCUGGGACAACCUUACACAACUUCCCAGCAGUGCAGCACCAGGAGCUUGCUAAGGCACAGUCCAGCCUGGCAUUUCAACAGACUUCUAACACACAGCCUAUUCCUAUCUUGUAUGAGCAUCAGCUUGGCCAAGCUUCAGGACUGGGAGGCUCUCAGCUGAUUGAUACACACAUUCUGCAGGCCAGAGCUACACUCACUCAGGCUUCAAAUCUGUACUCUGGGCAAGUUCAGCAGCCUGGCCAGAGCAAUUUCUACAACACUGCACAGUCUCCCAGUGCUCUCCAGCAGGUGACAGUACCUUUGCCAGGGUCACAGAUUUCUUUGCCCAACUUCGGAUCCACAGCACAGCCACUGAUUGCCCUACCCCAAUCUUUACAACCACCACUACAGCACACACCACCACAAGCUCAGGCUCAGAAUCUGAGCAGACCUGCACAAGUGACUCAGCCUUUCAGAGGAUUGAUCCCAGCAGGAACUCAGCACAGCAUGAUUGCUGCAACUGGAAAGAUUUCAGAAAUGGACCUGAAGGCCUUUGGAGGUGGCAUUGAUGUUAAACCUGGAACACCACCAGUCACUGGUAGAAGUACUACUCCAACCUCCAGUCCCUUCCGGGCCAGUUCUACAAGUCCUAACAAUCAGUCCAAUAAAAUGAACAGCAUUGUCUACCAGAAGCAGUUCCAGUCAGCAGCUGCAGCUGUGAGAAUGACACAGCCAUUUCCUGCACAAUUUGCACCACAGGCAAAGCAGAGAGCAGAGGUACUUCAGUCUACCCAGAGAUUCUUUUCUGAGCAGCAGCAGCAGCAGAGCAAACCCAUAGGAGGCAAAGCCCAGAAGGUGGAGGAGAACGGGAGCAAACCCACCGAGGCGAUCGCUGACUCUUCAGGAGUCUGCCAGGACAAAGCCGAGGAGAAGCCAACCCCUGCGCCUGCUGCCGCCCCCAAACCUGUUAGAACUGGACCAAUCAAACCUCAGGCAAUCAAAACCGAGGAGACUAAAUCUUAG